AUGUCUGCACCCACGAAGCUAGUCUUCUUUGGAAACGAAUUCCCCAAUGACGAUCUCAAGACCCUCUUCCGCGGCCUGCACCGACACGGCAAGGACCGGCGCUUUCGCCAGCUGGCAACCUUCCUGGAGGAGUCCACUCGCGUGCUCCAGAAUGAAGUUGCCCAGCUUCCCGAGCCGCUGAAGAAGCUGGUGCCUCAUUUCGAAAACCUGAUGCCCUUAACCGAGGUCGACUUUCGUCAAGGCCCUCUGGGAGCUGCUAUGGAAAGCGCGCUGCUGACCAUUCUGGAACUUGGAAUGUUUAUUGGCCACUACGAGGCCGAGGAGCGUGUCUGGGACCUCUCCGCAGACCGAACCACCUUGGCUGGUCUUAGUAUUGGCCUGCUCGCUGCCGCUGGUGUCGCAUUGUCCACUCACUUGGCUGAGGUGGUCCAGAACGGUGCUGAGUGUGUGCGGGUCUCCUUCCGCCUGGGCGUCUACGUCCACGACAUCUCCCGCAAGCUGGAAGCUCCCCAGGCAGACGGCAGCUUGCUCAGCUGGGCUCAUGUUGUCACCGGAGAGUCCGCAUCCGACCUCCAAGAGGAACUGUCACGAUACAACACGGAAACGGGCACUCCCGAGCUGCUCAAGGUGUUCAUCAGUGCUGCCGACAAGACCUCUGUGAGUGUCAGCGGCCCUCCCUCGCGCAUCCGUGCUGCCUUCCGGGCCUCUCAGCGCCUGCGCUACUCCAAGUCUCUUGCCCUUCCUGUGUAUGAUGGUCUCUGCCAUGCCGCACAUCUCUAUGAUGAGGAGACCAUCCGUCGUGUUCUUCACCCCGAUGGAUCCGUCAUCCCCACCUCUCGGCCGGUGCAGCUGGCACUGCUCUCGUCACGGUCUGGACAGCCCUUCGAGGCCACCACGGCCGCUGAGCUGUUCCGCGCCAUCAGCACAGAGCUGCUGACUGGCACCAUCUUCCUGGAUAACAUCACGGCCGGUAUUCUCGACCGUACUGAACGCUGUGCCGACACCACACAGUGUCAGAUCGAGACUUACCGCACUUCGCUGGUGUUUAAGGGUCUGUUAAAAGCACUGGAGGCUUGCUUCCCUGACCGGACCAUCAGCACGACCGACCUUAUCCCCUGGGUGUUCCAGGACUACGGUGCGCGCCAACCCAAGUCAUACGCAGACUCGAAGCUGGCCAUUGUCGGCAUGGCCUGCCGCAUGCCCGGCGGCGCUAAUGAUCUCGACCUCUUUUGGGAGCUGCUUGCACAGGGUCGCGAUACUCACACGACAGUGCCUGCGGAUCGCUUUGACCUUGAAACGCACUACGACCCGACUGGCGAGACCGAGAACGCCACGCGCACUCCCUUUGGCAACUUCAUCGACCAGCCCGGGCUCUUCGAUGCCGGAUUCUUCAACAUGUCCCCCCGGGAGGCUGAGCAGACUGACCCCAUGCACCGUCUUGCCCUUGUCACCGCUUACGAAGCCCUGGAGAUGGCAGGUGUUGUCUCUGGCCGCACGCCUUCGUCCAACCCCAAGCGCAUUGCCACCUUCUACGGACAGGCCAGUGACGACUGGCGUGAGCUGAACGCGUCUCAGAACAUCGGCACCUACGCCGUGCCUGGUGGUGAGCGUGCCUUUGCCAACGGUCGCAUCAACUACUUCUUCAAAUUUGGCGGUCCUUCCUUUAACCUGGACACUGCCUGCUCCAGCGGUUUGGCUGCCGUCCAGGCGGCUUGCUCUGCCCUGUGGGCCGGUGAAGCCGAUACUGUCCUGGCCGGCGGACUGAACAUCAUCACUGACCCCGACAACUACGCUGGUCUGGGCAACGGCCACUUCCUGUCACGCACCGGCCAGUGCAAGGUCUGGGACCAGUCUGCUGAUGGCUACUGCCGUGCCGACGGUGUUGGCUCUGUUGUGAUCAAGCGUCUUGAGGAUGCGGAAGCAGACAAUGAUAAUAUCCUGGCUGUCGUGUUAUCCGCUGCCACUAACCAUUCGGCGGAGGCUAUCUCCAUUACCCACCCUCAUGCUGGCGCCCAGAAGGAGAAUUAUACUCAGGUGCUGCACCAAGCGGCUGUCAACCCGCUGGAUGUGAGCUAUGUUGAGCUCCACGGCACCGGUACCCAGGCAGGUGACGCUCAGGAGGCUGAAUCAGUGUUGGAUGUCUUCGCUCCCCGGACUCAUCGUCGUCGGGCCGACCAGCCGCUGUACUUGGGCGCGGUGAAAAGUAACAUCGGACACGGCGAGGCGGCCGCUGGUAUUGCCUCCCUGCUCAAGGUGCUGCUUAUGUACCAGAAGAACGAGAUCCCUGCUCACAUCGGUAUCCCCACUGUCAUCAACCCGGCCAUUCCCACGGAUCUCGAGCAGCGCCAGGUUCAUUUGCCUCGAAGCAAGACUGCCUGGCCCCGGGCUGCAGGCCAGAUUCGCCGCGCCAUUGUGAAUUCUUUCGGUGCGCACGGUGGUAACACAACCCUUGUAUUGGAAGAUGCCCCUGAGAAGCAGGUGACUGUGGCCCGCGAGGAGCGCUCGACGCACCCUGUCGUCAUCUCCGCCAAGUCGAAGAAGUCCUUGGCUGCCAACUUGGAGACUCUCCUUGCCUACCUCGACGAGAAGCCAGAAACUGAUCUUGGUGACCUAUCUUACACGACCUGUGCGCGGCGCAUGCACCACAGCUGGCGCGUGGCCACAGCUGUCAGCGAUAUUCCCGCCCUGCAAAAGUUCCUACGCAACACCGUGAAUAACGACGCCGUGUCUCAAACCCGGCCUAUUCCCACCGAAGCUCCCCCUGUGGUGUUUACUUUCACCGGCCAGGGUGCAUACUAUGCUGGACUGGCACAGGGUCUUUUCCAGGCUUUGCCUUCCUUCCGCGCUGAGGUGCGCCAGCUUGAUCAUCUGUCCCAGCGGCUGGGAUUCCCCUCGAUUGUGCCGGUCAUCCUCGGUGAGGUGGAAGAAGGAAGUGCUACGGCCCUGGUCACGCAGCUCAGCAUUGUGAUCGUGGAGAUAGCCCUGGCUCGGCUCUGGCUUCUUUUUCUGGGUAUUCCCGCUCCUCACGCCGUGAUCGGCCACAGUCUGGGCGAAUAUGCCGCCUUGGCUGUUGCUGGCGUGCUCUCCACAGCAGAUGUUCUCUAUCUGGUCGGCCACCGGGCCCAGCUCAUCGAGGAAUAUUGCACCCCCGGCAGCCAUGCCAUGCUCUCGGUGCGCGCGACCAUUGCUGACAUUGAGCGUCUGAUUGGAACUGGCCCGGAUGCACCCACUUACGAGCUGUCCUGCCAGAACACGCACCAGGACACAGUCAUCGGCGGCUCGAUCCCGGACCUCAAUGCCAUCCGCGAGAAGCUCGAGCCUGAAGGCAUCAAGUGUGUCAACGUCGAUGUUCCCUUCGCCUUCCACACCGCGCAGAUGGACGCUGUCCGGGAACGCCUAGCCAAGGCCGUCGCCUCCGUGCCCUUCAAGACCCCCAGCGUCCCGGUCCUCUCUCCCCUGCUGGGCAGUGUCGUCUUCGACGGCAAGUCCAUCAACCCAGAGUACAUUGUGCGGGCUACCCGCGAGCCCGUCCAGUUCGCGGCUGCCAUCGACGCCGCCCAGGAGCUCGGAAUCGUCAACAACCAGACCGUCUGGGUCGACAUUGGCCCGCACCCCAUCUGCGCCAGCUUCGUACGCAGUUUGGUGUCUGGCGCGCGCAUCGUCUCGUCCUGCCGCCGCAACGAAGACAACUUUGCCACUAUGGCCAAGAGUCUCUGCACGCUGCAUCUGGCCGGCCGCACUCCCUCUUGGGCCGAGUACUUCCGCCCCGACGAGCAGGCCUACUCUCUGCUCCGCUUGCCCAAGUACCGCUGGAACGAGGUUAACUACUGGAUCCAGUACCUAGGUACCUGGACCUUGGAUAAGGCGCAUAUCAAGAACAGCGGCAGCCAGAAGCGUGCCAUCACUGAUGGACCAUACGUGUCUUCCCUGCGCACCUCUCUCAUCCACCAGGUCACCGAAGAAACCAUCGACAAGACCACCGCCACCCUCAAGGCAAUCUCCGACAUUCAGCACCCCGACUUCCUCGAAGCCGUGCACGGUCACACCAUGAACAACUGCGGCGUUGCCACCUCCUCCAUCUGGACAGAUAUGGCCAUGACCGUCGGCGAGCACCUAUACCGUCGCCUGGUUCCGGGCACCGACAACGUCCUCAUGGACCUGUGCGACUUCGAAGUCCAACAUGCCCAAGUCGCCAACACCAACUCCAACACCCCGCAACCACUGGCCCUCGAAGCCCACCUCGACCUUCCCACCCGCCACAUGUCCCUUGCCUGGUACGACGUCGAUGCCACCACCAACCAGCGCGCCGCAGCCCCCUUCGCCACCGGCAGCAUCAAGUACCCUGCAGACCCAACCGGCGCAGCCUGGUCCACCGAAUGGUCCCGCAUCACCCAUCUCAUCCACGGGCGCAUCGAAGCCCUGCAGCACCUGGCCUCGGAGAACAAAGCCAGCACGCUCUCCAAACCUCUCGCCUACGCGCUCUUCAAGAAUGUCGUCGAUUAUGCCCCCCGCUACCGCGGCAUGGACCGCGUCGUCAUCCAUGACCACGAAGCCUUCUCCGACAUCACUCUUACCACCGACCGCCACGGCACCUGGCACACCCCGCCCCACUGGAUCGACAGCGUCUCGCACCUGGCCGGCCUGGUCAUGAACGGUAGUGACGCCUCCAACACAAGGGACUUCUUCUACGUCACCCCUGGCUGCGGUAGCUGCCGCAUGACUGAGCCUUUGAUUGCCGGAGGCAAGUACCGGAACUAUGUCCGCAUGUUCCCCAUGCCGGACGAGGCCCACAUGUACGCGGGCGACUUGUACAUCCUCCGCGAGGACAAGAUCAUCGGUGUCGUGGAACAGCUCAAGUUCCGUAGAGUGCCCCGCUUGUUGAUGGAUCGGUUCUUCUCGCCGAAUAAGAAUGCAGCUGCACAUGCUGCUCCUGCCGCUGCUCCGGUGGUGAAGAAGCAACCCUCCACUCCCACUCCCACGGAGACUACCACUUCCGAGCCGGCCAAGACAGAGCAGAAGCAAGUCCAGCUCCAGCUUCCUAAUAUCACCUCUGCUGCACCCUCGACAGCUAGCAGCUCAUCUUCUCCCUCCUCCAGCGGCGUCGCAACACCCACCACUGAACAGGAGGCCCCCGUCGCCGAUGCAUCAGCAGUAACUGGUGUAGCCGGCAAGUGUCUGGAAUUGAUUGCCAACGAGACAGGGCUGGGUGUGGCAGAGCUUACUGCGGACGCGACAUUCGUGCAGCUGGGCGUGGAUUCGCUGAUGUCGCUGGUGCUGUCGGAGAAGUUGCGCAGUGAGAUGGGAUUGGAGAUCAAGAGUUCGUUGUUCUUGGAGUGUCCUACUGUGGGGGAUCUGACGGGGUGGUUGGAGCAGUAUUGCUGA